AUGUUUAUUGCUUCGUCCUUCAGAUCCCCGAGGCAGCUGGCGUUCUUCCCGUUCGCGCUGUCUGCCGCCAGCGCCAUUCCUAAUGGCAGACAACCCGACAGCUCGGCCUGCAAGCUACCCGCCGUGCCGGCUGCUCACUACAGCGAAGGCCAUGGGGUCAAGUUUGACUGCGCGCCGAGCUUCGGCACCAUGCGGGCCAAGAUGAUCUUUGUCGACUUCCCCGACGCAAUCGACAGAGGCAUUCCCCCGCCGCUAGACAGAAACGAGAUCCCGGCAACGGUAGAGUGGUUCAGGAAUUCCUCUUUCGGAAGUCUCAACCUGCAGAUUGAUUUUGACGGCUCUCGGUACUACCGCAUGCCAAGGCCGUCAACGUCAUAUAGCUUCGAGCGUAACCUCACCGCGGAGACUCACCAGAAGUACAUGGACCACGCGCUGGAUGCGUGGCUCGCCUUCACAAACGUCACCGUUCCUCAUGUCACGUCUACCAACGGGCCCUUGGUCGAUGUCCUUUACAUCGUGCCCACGCGCAAGGCGAGCGCCAUUACGUUCACCACGACAUCCUCCAUUCCGGUCCACACCACGCGAGGCCACUAUGUCGCUCGAAAGGGCGUGACCUUGGGCCAUGAAGACCUCAAGCUCUGGGGCCCCAGACUGCUCAACCACGAGACCGGCCACGCCAUGUGCCUGCCUGACCUCUACCCGCUGCCGGUCGGAUGCACGCAAAAGUACGUCGGCAAUUGGGACCUCAUGGCCAACACCGGCGGCCACAGCCCCGACUUUUUCGCGUGGCACAAGUGGAAGCUCGGCUGGCUCUUGGACUCGGAGGUCGACUGCAUCAUCGGCACUGGGUCUACGACGCACACACUGUCGCCGGUGGAGAUCAUGGGCGGCGGCGCACACACCAAGGCUGUCGUCGUGCGACACAAUAGCACGACGGUGUUCGUAGUGGAGGUGCGCUCCAACUUGGGAAACAACCAUGGUGCGUAUUCGCAAGGUGUGCUGCUCUACAUGGUGGCGACGGACGUCGAGACAGGCAAGGGUCCGGUCCGUGUGCUGGAUGCCAAUCCCGGACUGAAAGGGGAGCGAUGCGAGUCGGAUUGGCUUGAUGAUGCACCACUGUCAUUGGAGCGGGCAACCUCAUUUACGGCUGAGGAGUGGGGAGUGACUGUGCCUCCUGACAAGCUUUGA